AUGCGUGGGCACGGUUAUGGCGCUGGUGUGAAGUUGUUGGAAAUUGACAUGCCCAGGAAGCAGGAUUUAAGUACUACAACACCAUUUAGGACUACCCGCUGGAAUGGGAACAACUCAGCAGAUUACUAAUAUUUGGACACAGGCACCUUAAACCAGACGGGGAAAUACACACGUUUUGCGACUGCGGACUGUAGAGAGUGAUUUCUUCAAAAGUUGCUCCGUCAGAUGCUAUAGCACGCGUGAGAAAUAAGAGUAACCUCGGGCUUAAAACAGACAUGGAACGCAAGAGUUAGACUUAGACCUUACACCACCAAACUGUUGACUUCUCCUCGAGCUGUUUUUGUUUUUAACUGUGGCGAAAGACGUAUCAGAAAUAGUCACCAUGCCUGCCAAAACAAAAUAUAAUUUAGUCGAUGAUGGGCACGAUUUGCGGAUUCCUAUGCAUAACGAGGAAGCAUUCCAACAUGGAAUUAAUUUCGAGGCAAAGUAUAUCGGUAGUCUGGAUGUGGCUCGACCCAAUAGCCGUGUGGAGAUUGUUGCGGCCAUGAGGCGGAUAAGGUAUGAAUUUAAAGUGAAGAACAUCAAAAAGAAGAAAGUCAACAUCAUUGUGUCUGUCGAUGGGGUGAAGAUAGCACUGCGGAAAAAGAAAAAGAAAAAAGAAUGGACCUGGGACGAAAGCAAGAUGAUGGUGAUGCAAGACCCAAUUUACAGGAUAUUUUAUGUAUCACACGACUCUCAAGACUUGAAGAUCUUCAGUUAUAUUGCAAGAGAUGGACAGAGUAAUGUGUUUCGAUGUAACGUCUUCAAAUCAAAGAAAAAGAGUCAAGCCAUGCGGAUAGUACGGACGGUGGGUCAGGCCUUUGAGGUUUGUCACAAACUUAGCCUGCAGCACACCCAGCAGAACGCAGAUGGCCAGGAAGAUGGUGAUGCCGACAAGACCUGCACAGACUCUGGAUUACAAGGGCGGGAGCUGACAGGGGCUGAAAAGCCGGCUGCAGAGGAGACAGAUAUUGAUGCAGAGGAACAGCCCCUCCCAGACAGCACUAUAGACGAGUUCAAUCGUGGAGUCACUGACCUGGAUGCAGCCAAGAAAGAGGACAAAGUCACCAAGGACAUAAGGCCCUCUGAGGACCCCAAAAUCCUGCUUGCUUCCCCAAAGUUGCUUCUUCCAUCAGACAGUCAACUUCCAGCCAGCACCCCUCUGUCAGUGCACCACCAGCUCCAGCUGCUCCAGCAGCAGCUCACCCAACAGCAGCAGCAGACUCAGGUGGUUGUGGCCCAGGUUCAUCUGCUGAAGGAUCAGCUCUCCGCAGAGGCUGCGGCGAGGAUUGAAGCCCAGGCUCGAGUUCAUCAGUUGCUAUUGCAGAAUAAGGAUCUGCUACAGCAUAUUGCUCUCCUGGUCAAACAGGUUCAAGAACUGGAGCUCAAACUGUCUGGACAUGACUCUAUGGGAUCUCAAGACAGUCUACUGGAAAUCACAUUCCGUGCCAAUGUACCCCCAGUCCUGUGCGACCCCACCACCCCACGACCAGAGGACGGUGUCCUCUCUCCACUCAACGACGGGACACAGCUCGCCCUGCCACUGGGCAGUCCUAUAGUGGACCAAAGCAUGUUUGAGAACUCAAACUUUGCGGAACAGCCCAAACAGAAUUCUCGUCCAGCGGGCAACAUCGGCAGUCCAGCAGCCUCCACAGACCUCUCUGCUCUGGCAGGAUCAAAAACAGGUGGCAGCCAGCACCUGAAAAAUGCCCUCAACUUGGGCAAAGCCAUGGGAGCAAAAGUAAACGACUUGCUUCGCCGAAAAGAUCCCAACAGCCUUGGAGACAUCGGAGUCACAGAGGUCAAUAAGAACGUGGAGGCAGUGUGGUCCAGCCUGGCUGAGAUGAGCCACAGUACAGCAGGGAACAGUCACAUCUCUCUGGACUCCUUCCCUCGGUUAGAUCCCCCACCUCCCACUGGCAAAAAGCGCCUUCCACGUGCCCUGAAGACCACCCAGGACAUGAUGAUAUCUUCUGACCCUGUAGUAGCCUCCCCAGAUUCGUCCUUCAUCUCCUCACCUGACAAGACUCCCCUCAUCUCCAAAGAUAAAGCACCGCUUCAGCCAGAAUCAAACCCUGAUGAGCCCAACCUAGAGAAUCCUUCAGAACCUAGUGACCGUGUCAACAGCCAGAUGGAGAAGCCCAAUUUUCAGCAAAAUAAUGAGCCCACAGCUGUGGUGGCGGAUGGGCUUAAAGAGGAAAACGCUGAGGAUGUAGAUCAACCACUGCUUUCUGUUCCUGAUCUGAUUCACAAAGACAAUCUGGACCCAAAACAGAAAUUAGCCAUUUCAGAAACUAGAAUGGCUUCCACCCCUUGCCCAGGCAAAGGAGGAUGCCGCAUUAGCGUCACUGAGGGGGAAAUGUUGGGAAACGGCUCAGUGGAUUACCGGACCCUCAGCUUGGAGAGUGAGGAAUCCCACCCCGACCUGCUCUCAUUUGAAUAACCUAACCUUCUCUCCAUGAUCACCCCCAUUCACCAUCAGUUUUCAAGAGACAAUAUGUGUGACUGGAGCGCAGGAUUCUCCAGACAUCAACAAUGGGGGAAAAUCAGUAUGCAUUGAGAAGACAAGUCAAAAGUGGCUAUGAAUCGGUCUAUAAAACUGGCCAGAUGUUGUUCUACUUUACCUUUUGUACAUUUCAUUUUGCCUUCUAUAGCAAAGUAUCACUGAUUGUACUUUCUUUGUACCUGAAAUCAUACAAAUGAUGAAAAUAACUUUCAUCUGUUUUAUUGUAGUACCAUAAUGACUUUGAAAGAUUGUAUUGUAAAAUAUUUGUGGACCUGUUCACAAAAGAACCAUGAAAAGUAAUUUAAUAGAAACCAAAGUCAAAACUACACUGUAAUACCUCCAAAAAGCUGUCUUUUCAGUCUCUGACUUGGGCAGCAUUUCAUGUCUUAUACUGUAUAUGUUCGUCUUUAUUUCAUAUCAGUUUGUUUUUAUAAGCAAGGCAGUUCCACUUUAUAUAUAGUAUAGGUGUCUUUAACUACCAUGUACUUAUACACUUAAGUGUGAGGGGUGAUGUUUUGGGUUGGGUUAGGAUCUCUACAUAACUCCAAAUAAAGAAGAUAUAUGAAUAUUGCAUAUGAAUCUCACAUGCUUCUCACAGAAUGAGGGUUACCAUCUAACCACCCCACCCUAAAUGCAUGUAUAGUGUAACAACCUGUAUGUAAACAAGUACAUUGUAUCAAAUGUAAUUAAACACACCUAAUAUAAAGUGGGGCCGUAAUGGUUUAAUAGUUUAUAUUUUAUUUUACAAGACUUUAGUUGUAUAAGUUGUAUGACCACAUUUCUGACCUUGGCUCAACACUGUGCUCACAUUUCAUAAUCUUUGCCAGUAAGAGCAAAUGCACAACUGACCUUGGAUUAGUCUAUAAAGUAUUAUGCACCUAAGGCCAGCAGUAUGCAACUGCUUCAUUUUUGUAUUUGGCCUAGCAUUUCAUCUUUUGCAGGACACAUUUCACAAUGACAUCUAGAUCGAUGAGAAAAUAUAGGGUUCUCUACCUUUGUAAGAAGUGUCAUAAUGAUUAUCUUCAAGGUGAUGAUGGCUCAGUCAACAUGAAGGCAUGCAGAGGGGCUCUAAAAUUCCCUGGAAUGCCAUAACUCAACACUAAUCUCAAUCCUUGUUCUCUUGUUUGUGUAGACAGUCUGACUCCCAUGGCAUUCUCUCAGGGCUGUUCUUUAUACCAGACAAUAGAUUCUCUAAGGAGAAUUCAGGACAAAUCUAUAGCUAGCAAUGCAGAUAUUUACACCCAUUAUUUAUGGAGAUAUAUUGUGAUCCUGAGUAUAUGUAAAAGUACUAAGAUGUUUUAACUUCAAGCUACACAUACUGAUCCAUGGCAAUUAAAUAGUUAUGCAAUAAGUCAGUGAUGAAACAGUGUAUGUGAAGGAUUAUUGAACUAAAGUGUACGGAGUACGUUUCUAAAAAAUAACUUAAAGGGAUAGUUCACCCAAAAACAAAAAUUCUGUCAUCAUUUACUUGCCUUCAUUUAGCUCCAAAACCAUAUUACUUUUUUCUACAGAGAAAGAAUGACAAAUGACAGAACUUUUAUUUUUGGACGAGCUAUCCCUUUAAAGCUGCAAAUCCUAAAAUGUGGUAAUGAAAUUGCUGUUAUGCAUCAAGCAAAUGAAACAUGUGUGAAAGAUAUUUAACAUGGGUUUUGAGUUGAUUUAUGUUAAAUAACUUGAGUGCAUUAGAUGUACAGUAUGCAAUGGCAACAAAGCAUUAACUCAUUCAGGCGCUUUAUGAAUUAGAUCUGUUUCUGUAUGAUAAUAUGUCUUGGUUACACUACCAUUGUGAUGUCUACUUUUAUGUGUAAUGAUGCAUAAUGAAUCAAUGUUCUCUUAUUGGAUAGUGUGAACACUAAAAUGAGAUUUCAAAGAGUGGAGCUGAUAUUGUUUUAAUAGGUAAUAAGAUAUGAAGUUAGUGUGGGGGGGUUUGUUUGUUUUUUUUAAUCUUCUGUGAUGCCUUUAUAACCAUUGUGUGUAUGUGGUGGGGAAACUACAAUGAAUGAAUGAAAAAUAUAUUUAUCUUGCAUUAUAUUUUAGCCAUUGGUUUCUUACACAUUUGAAUUGUUUUUAGGAUUGAGAAGAUUCCUGAUGGAAAAGAAGAAUGUUGUAACUUCUGUGUGAUUGAUUAAAGUAAUGUUCCGGGGUCAGUACAAGUUAAGCUCAGAGAUUAUUUAGCAGAGACGGGCCACUUCUAUUAAAAUAAAUGGGAGAAAUUGGAACGCCAAUGUAUGCAAGCAGAGAAAAUCUUGUUUUUAGCGUAAUCUGAUGUGAAGAAGCACAAUUUAUGAAACGUUGUCUGAUUUUACUGCUGAAUUGAAAUAUGUUCUUUGAUCAUAAUCUUGACCAUACCUUUUGGAGAUUUCAGUCUUUUCCCAUUUAAGUAGACAUGAACUGAAAGACUUAGGCUCAAGCAACAUUAUUUUUGGCAUAAUGUUGGUUACCAUAAUUUAUUUCUACUCAUACCUCCUUUUCUUUAAAAACAAUAAAAUAAAAACAAUGUUGCAGUUAGGCACUUACAAUGGAAUUGAAUGGAGACAAUGAAAGUGAAUGUGGCCCAUUUAUGGAGGGUUUAUAAAAGCACUUGCAUUAAUUCCUCUGUUAAAAUGUGUGUAUUUGUUAUUAUUUGCUGUAAAGUUGUUUAAAUUGAGUUUUAGGGUUUAUUGACAUUACAUCAUCAUGGUAACGAAGUUGUAAAAUAUGCUUUAACUUUACACAGAAAAUUUUAGUAAGUGAUUUUAUCACACAAAUCAUGUUUAUGUGCAUGUACUUUAUGUCUUAUGACUGUACUUUUGAAACAGUAUUUGAAUGUUUAAAAAUUGGCCUCCAUUCACUUCCAUUGUAAGUGACUCACUGUAACCUCGAUUUUUCCUUUUUUUAAAGAAAAGAAGGGACGAGUCGAAUGACAUUUUUGUGGUUAUCAGCAUUAUGCCACAAAUGCUUUCAACUGGGCUUAACUUGCAUUGAACACAGAACAUUCCUUUAAUGUAUUUUAUUUGUUUACUUUUUGUCAAUGGUCCCAUAAUUUUUUACAGUUCCCAAUAUGAAUGAAGGAAAGAAAAAGAAUGUUGAAGGAAAAACGCAUGUAUAUGAAGGUUUUAUGAGUACACUGAAAUGUAUUUAAGGAUAUCACAUGUUUAAGCUGGCGAUAUUAAAGUGAUUUUUCAUUAUGCAAACUAUCUGCUCAUGAUGCAGUUCGGGCCUGCGUGCUUUUAUUCUUGGUAAAUGGUUUUAUUAUUUUUCUUUCAAGGCAAUUUACACAACAGAAUUUUCAGGGUCAUAGCCUCUGCAAUUAAAUGCUUGACUUAAGGGCUUGACAGCAAUAAAGUCUUCUAAAUAAAGGGAUUGAACCUUAAAGCCUGUGUUAUCAGCACUGACACUAAACCAUGAGGUUACCCCCACCCUUUGCCCAGACAAAAUUGUCUGUAUAUCUCAAUCCACCCUGUCAACCAUAUCAAACACCGUUAUUAUUUAAAAAUGUAUGUACUCUGCUUAGCACUUUCACACUGCCAAAAUGUAUCAGCUCAUUAACUACCUGAAAAUACAUAGUUUUAUAUACAAGUUUUUAGGCUUUGGUUAUUUGGAGUAGGCCAUUUUUUGAUGUGUUUUGACCUGGCCUGUCCACUUCCUCUCUUACAAGCAAAAUGUAUUUACAUUUUCAAACAAUUUACCUCAUGAUUUUAAAAUAUGUGUGGUCUUCAGACAGCUGCUCCAAAAACCUGU